AUGAUCCGACAACCCAGUAGUGUGAUCAUCGCGGGCCCGUCGGGCAGUGGCAAGAGCGAAUUGGUGGAACAAUGGUUACGGUACCUGAACGUCUUUCAAGUCAAACCCCACAAGAUUGUGUAUGCCUAUGAUCGUUGGCAACCCCGGUUCGAUCGUAUUCAAAAAAAGGAUGAGAUUCAGUUUCAUCGCGGGUUACCGGACCCCCGUCAUUUGACGCAAUGGUUUGGUCGGACGCGCGGAGGGGUGCUGGUCUUGGACGACCUGAUGGAAGAAGGGGGACAAGACAAGCGCGUGUUGGAUUUGUUCACCAAAGAUUCGCAUCAUCGCAACAUCACGGUGCUGUAUUUGACGCAAGAUUUAUUCCCGCCUGGCAAAUUUUCCAAGACCAUCAAUCGCAACGCGCAUUACAUUGUGGCGUUCAAAAACCCCCGGGAUCAAACAGGGAUACGGACGAUUUUAUUGCAAGCCUUUCCUGACCGGUGGCGUCAAGUCUUGCGCCUAUUUAAACGCAUCACGUCCCGCCCCUUUGGCUAUUUGAUGUUGGAUGUACAUCCUGCGUCGGAUGAUCGCUACCGCCUGUGGAGUCAUUUAACGCCUCGAGAAGGCAAGGCGCAAGUCCACACCUUGCGUGCGGAUGUCGCAGCCGUUCGAAAACGAACUGCAACGAGAACUCGCCAGGGUCCGUCGACAAAGAGAAGGCGGACAACAUACUGAUUUAGCGGCUCGCAUGGACACGCCGACCCUCUCGCCCGCGGGUGUGGGCUCCCCCACGGCUCCACCACCCUCCAUGGAUAUCAGCAGCAUGACGGACAUGGUGACCGAAUUGUCUCGACCCGUGGAUCGUGCCCAAUUGGAGCAAGACAUUGACGAUUUCAAUUUGACCUACCCGGUCAAUGUAGACGAUGCCUUGAAUGCGUUCACCUUACCGCCCGUGGCGGGCACUGGCACCGCCCCCGCCACCACGGCACCGCCACCCACCAUCACCACCGCCCCCAUCACCACCACGUCCACCCAAACCCGUCCUACCACGUCCACCCGAACACGCCCCACCACUACCACCAGCCGACCACGACCCGUGACCUCCACCCGAACACGCCCCGCCACCACUGCCACGACCACCACCGCUCCCUCACGCCCCCUCACCGCUCGCCGCAGCGCUGGAGCAGGGACCAGGACCACUACCUCGACGGUGACGACCCCCACUGGACGCCCCACCAUUGCUGCCAAACAACCGCGACGACGUCCCCGUGUGCCCUCCCCACCGUCCCCCGAUUCGUCCCCUCCGUCCGAGGACGAGGAUGGCGAUGAUGAUGACGACGAUCGACGGCGGGGAUUAAGGCGACGGUUGGAUUUGCUCAAUGAAGAUGCUCAACAACGGGCUCGGGGCAGACGUAUUCGCAACAUCACGCACACCAAUACAGUCACCACGGUCUACGAAGAUGGGGGAGGGCGACCUUCGGUGCGUCGCACGUCCACCCGAACCUCCAGUCCAAGUCCACCCAGACCACCACGUCGAGGACGGGGCCGCGGCCGUGGCCGAGCACGCGGACGGGGCCGACGCCCGUGAACAAAGGAUAUAAAAACAGCUGCCUCCCUUCCACCGUCCCCAAAUGUGUGGCCGAUGUCGAAACGCGAUGGCCCCUAGGCGCAAACGCAAACGCACCACGACUCGACGUCGCCCACCCGCCAAACGACCACGGCGUGGUCAAGUGGGGGGUGUCUCGCCAGCUCUCAUUGUGGGGAUUGGCAAAGCCGGCUAUGGGAUCACCAAAGCCCUAGGAGAGCAUCAACAAAAGCAAGCCAAGAAAAUAUCAGAUAAACGUUGGCGUGAUUAUAUGUCAGGCAAACGGAAAUCCUAUGGAGGGGAAUCGUUUAAUUGUUCCCUUAUGUGAAAAAACGUAUAAAAAGACCUGGGUGGACUUGGACAAGAGUUAGUUGGAGGAUGGUCCGUGGAUCCAACGGACGCCGACAUCGUUAUGUCCCCCGAAUACGACGCCGACGACGUGGAUUGCAACGUGUAGGCGUGCUCCCCAUGUUGGCAGUGGCUCUCUCGCCUUGGGCGUUCAAGAAGAAGAAACGGCAGGCGCGCCGACGCUAAAGUGACCAAGAAAAGAAAAGCCGUCACGUUUGCUUUGGACUGGGACAAACAGUAUGAAGCGGCCUUGUGUUCACGGUGUCGAGAUCACAUGCAAACGCAUUAUCAUGGCGAAUUGUGUGGUAGGUGUGGAGCCAUUUUUACCAUAAAUAGACCUUGGUCGUUGCCUGAACUCAAGAUUCAUCAUGGAGUGGCGCAUGGAACGUCAAGCCCCGUUCUUAAAAAGUGUCUUACAAGAAGCCAAUCAACACAAACGACAAGAAUUGUUGCGGAUGGCCAAUGCGGAUCAGAUCAAUGCCAUCAGUGAAUUGGUGAUGAACACCCUCCGUGGCACGGUGCCCCGUUCCCGACACACCAUUACGUUGCUCAAACCCCACGCCCAGAGUUUACGCGCCAUGGCCAAACCCGCCCAUUCCGUCAAACGACGACGCGCCAUCAUGAUGGCUCAAAAAGGGGGCGCCCUCUGGCCUGAACUCUACCGAUGUUAUAAACGUUGCAUGCGCUAGACAAGACCCCUCAGUUGCACCAUGGAACCCGAGAUGGUGAGCACCACGGUGGACAACGCCCCGGCUUUUUUACAAUUACGAGACCAGUACAAACAAGAAUUGGUGGAAGAUACCCGCUUGACGAAAGCCGCCAAUUUAGCCGCCAAACAUGUGCUCCUGACCAGCGAUGCCCCCGAUGCUUGGAAACGGCCUCAACUCAAAGCCGUGAGCCGUCAAUUACGCCAUUGGACCAAAAAAGUGCGCCAACCGUUUGGAGCUCCGACCGGAGGUGUGAGUGCAGCAGGGGCCACGACCCCGGGCGAUGAUGAUUUUGAGGCGGGCCCGAUGCAAGCGUGGUUCACGCAAUUGGUCAAGGCCACCCAGGGUAUAAAACAAGGCACCCCUACUCGUGGACCCAGAAAACCACCUGUCCCGCCCAAACCGAACAUCACUCCCAGUGCCAAAAAGAAACUCAAGUUCACGACCCCGUUGAGCAGUGCCGAGUUGGCGCACGAGUUGCCCUUUUCAGAAGAAGGUGGAAUAGAGCCUUGGGAUACCCCCAAAGAACAUGUGGACACCAUCAAGAAAACGUUGAAGCGCGGGAUUCGCAAAAAAGCCGCGGGUGUCGCCAAAAAGAAAGCCGCAGGUCUGGCCAAGAAAGCCUUGGAGUGGAAAACGUGGAAAACCCCGUAA